AUGGGUCACAAGCGCUCGACGUCCACCUUCCCGAACUCGGGCACCGGCGCGCCCAAGCAGGCUCCCCCAGUCCGCAAGGCACCGUCCCGUUCACCCAACCCCUCAACGCGGCGCACUGCCUCUGCCCAACCCACCGAACGCACCCGCAUCCCCAUCCGCACCCCGUCCCCUCAACAGCCUGCUCAGCCACCUUCCCCAGAACCCCAAUACACCAAGGAGCAACUCGCCGCGGCCGAGAAAAUCCAGUCCUUCCUGCGCACGCACUUCCCGCGGCACCAAGCCCUCAAACAAAUCAGCUCAAUCGAGCGCCGCUUCGAGGAGCUCAAAUCCGGCUUCUCCUUCCCCGCGACGAUCGACUUCGCCCUGUCGCCCUCCUCGGAAGAUAACAUCGUCAGCGUCGACACCGCCUCGCUCCGCCCGCUCCCGCCGGCGCAGUGCGCGGACGUAUCCCCGCCGAACUUGCCGUACACGCACAACAACACGCCGCUGCACGCGUACGACCACAACCUCGGCCAGCUCCUCAGCCAGCUCGACGCGGUGCCGAGCGGCGGCGAUGUGCGCGUGCGCGAGCGCCGCAAGGAAGUUGUCCGGCGCGUGCAGGGCGAGGUGACGCGGGUGGAGGAGUGGCGC